UUGCAGAAGCGCCGCCGGGCGGGCUCCUCAGUCUCCUCUGCCCUCUCCCCGGCGAGAGGACCGCGGAGGCACCUCUCCCGGGUCUUGGGCUGCAGCCUGAGACUUCGAGGGGCGCCCCGAGGAGACAGACGCUCCUCUCCGUCUCCCUCGGAGGCAGCCGAGCCGGAGCUCGGGAAGUUGGGCGCGCGGCGGAGCCGCUCUCCGCAGAGCCAGGGGCGAGCCCCAGGAGCAUGGAUCGCAGGUCCCGGGCUCAGCAGUGGCGCCGAGCUCGCCACAACUACAACGACCUGUGCCCGCCCAUCGGCCGCCGCGCGGCCACCGCGCUCCUCUGGCUGUCCUGCUCCAUCGCGCUGCUCCGCGCGCUCGCCACCUCCAGCGCCCGCGCCCAGCAGCGCGCCCAGCAGCGCCGGGGCUUCCUCAACGCCCACCACCGCGCCGGCGCCCAGGCGGCCCCCGAGCCCCCCGAGUCCCCCGAGCCCGACCGCGAGCUGGAGCACGGGCACGAGCCGGCCGCCCGCGCGCCGCCCCUGCCCGGCUGCCUCGACUACGAGGACGAGUUCGGCUACGAGACGGAGACCGAGUCCGAGUCCGAGUCCGAGAUCGAGUCCGAGACCGAGACCGAGACCGCCCCCACCACCGAGCCCGAGACCGAGCCCGAGGACGAGCGCGGCCCCGCGGCGCCCCCGCGCCCCAGCUUCGGCCAGUCCCUCAGCGAGCGCCUGCACGCGCUGAGGCUGCGGAGCCCCGACGCCUCCCCGCGCCGCGCGCAGCCCCGCAGCCCCGCCGAGGGGGAGGAGCCCCGGCCCGAGGACAGGGACCCGCGGGACCCCGAAGAGGCAGCGCGCCCCAAGGCGGAGAAGCAGCAGCAGCAGCAGCAGCGCCGCUGCAGGCCCAGGAAGCCCACCCGCCGCGACCCGUCCCCGGAGUCCCCCAAGAGGGGACCCAUCCCCAUCCGUCGUCACUAAUGGCCGACGACGGCUUCCAGGUUCUCCUUGUUUUCUUUG